UGACAUCCCCAGCGGGCUACAGAGGGAGUUCUGCUCCGCCGCUGCCAUGGAGCCUCGGAAGUGUACUGGAUCUGUAUUGAUUGGACUUUACCUGUGGGCGACUUUCUGCUGUCAAGGUUGUUAUGGUGGUGUGUACCAAAGGAAGCUUUAUCGUGACCUGAUGGUAAACUACAGUCGGCUGGAAAGACCUGUCCAAAAUGACUCUGCACCCAUCGUGGUGGAACUCGGCCUCACACUGCUACAAAUCAUUGACGUGGAUGAAAAGAACCAAGUGAUGAUCACAAAUGCCUGGCUGCAGCUGUAUUGGACAGACAUCUACCUUUCAUGGAACCCAGACAGCUACCCUGGGGUUCAGAACCUGCGUUUCCCUUCCAAUCUGGUAUGGGUCCCAGAUAUCCUCCUCUACAACAGUGCUGAUGAGAGGUUUGAUGCUACGUUCCAUACAAAUGUGCUAGUAAAUGCUUCAGGAUCCUGCCAGUACAUCCCACCAGGCAUCUUGAAGAGUACUUGCUACAUCGAUGUACGGUGGUUCCCAUUCGAUGUGCAGAAGUGUGACCUGAAGUUUGGCUCCUGGACCCACAACGGCUGGCUGCUGGACCUCCAGAUGAUGGACGUAGACAUCUCUACCUACAUACCCAAUGGGGAAUGGGACCUCGUAGGUGUGCCGGCCAAGCGUAAUGAGCUGUACUAUGACUGCUGUAAGGAGCCCUACCCCGAUGUGACGUUCACGGUCACCAUGCGCCGCAGGACACUUUACUACGGCCUCAACCUGCUCAUCCCCUGCGUGCUUAUCUCUGGUCUGGCCCUGUUGGUCUUCCUACUCCCUGCUGACUCUGGAGAGAAGAUCUCACUGGGAAUCACAGUGCUGCUGUCUCUAACAGUAUUCAUGUUACUGGUAGCAGAGAUCAUGCCCGCCACUUCAGACUCUGUUCCUCUGAUCGCUCAGUACUUUGCUAGCACCAUGAUGAUUGUGGGCUUGUCUGUAGUAGUAACAGUCCUGGUACUGCAGUUCCACCACCAUGACCCCCAUGGAGGGAAGAUGCCUAAAUGGGUCCGAGUCAUCCUACUCAACUGGUGCGCUUGGUUUCUCCGCAUGAAGAAACCUGGAGAGGAAAACAAGUCAGCUGUGAGCUCCAGCAUUCCCCCAAGCUACAAGUACUCGCCCCCUCCCCCCCACCACACCAGCACCAGUAGCAUUCAGAUGAGCACUAUACCAGGGCAGGCGUCCACCCAAUCAACCACAACCAACGGGAACAUGAACCUUUACUUCGGCUACCACUCAAUGGGCACGGACAACCCUGCUUUCCCACCGAGCACAGAUUCAGGCGUGGUGGUGUGCAGCGGCGGAGGCGGGGGCGGCCGACCCAACAGCUCCUCUCCACAUGACAUCCACUCAGAACAGACGCGGACUUUGCUACUGGAGCAGGUCCCGGAAAUUUCCCGGAUCCUGGAGGAAGUGCAGUAUAUUGCCAGGCGCUUCCGGGAGCAGGACGAGGGAGAGGCGAUCUGCAGCGAGUGGAAGUUUGCAGCAGCGGUGGUGGAUCGGUUAUGCCUGGUGGCCUUCUCACUCUUCUCCAUCAUCUGCACCUUCACCAUCCUCAUGUCAGCUCCCAAUUUCAUUGAGGCCGUGUCCAAAGACUUCACAUAAGGCUGAUCUCUUCCCUCUCGGAGAGGAAAAAAGAGAGGCAAAGCUAACAUUAGAAAUCCUGACACGUUUAGAACUGUGCCACACAAGCCUCCCUGCUACAACUAUGUGAAGUCAAACACAUCAGACCCAAACCUUUCCCUCUAUCUUCCCAUAUUUCUCGCUAGUAUAUGGUUGUAUGGAGUUGAUGUGAUUUUUUCCAUUUCAAGGUGGCUCUCUUAGCUAACACCGAACAUACAGUAUGCCACGUAGGAGGUUGAGGUUACAUGCAGUAGUUAAUGAUGUAGAAACUCACACUAAUGCACUUUUCAUCUUUUCAUCUGUACCCCUGCUGACAUCUUUUACCUGCCACCACUUGGUCUUCACGUCUCAUCAGAAUAUACUCUUAACUCUCCUUCACUUCCAGCUCUUGCAUUUCUGCUGCUUUUUUCUACUCAUCCCCCACCCACCCCCACUGUCGCACUUCUCAUCUUCUAGGAACGUCUUAAUGUCUUCAGCAGUUACAUACAGUACAGUCAAUAGAGUUCAAUAAACAGUUUUAGAAAUGUUUUUUUCAAGCCUCUA